AUGGGACUAAUUCUUAGGGGGACCAGGCUCGCGUCGCGCGUGCCCAGAACAUCACUAUGGACAUCACAAUACCGCAGCAAAUCUCGAGCCACAUACACAGUGCCCAUUGCCCAACAGCAACCCGAGGACAAGCACCACAUUCCGACACUCGACGAAUGCCCUUCACCGACUUGCCAAUGCAGGGAGACGCCCGAGGGCUUGGACAUCGAUCGUGAAAGCAAGCUCAAUGGAACCAUGCCGGCGUAUGCUUUGCAGGUCAUCGUGUCAACGGGCCGGACCGAUUGGAAGAGCAGGAUACAGGACGAUGAGGACAGCGCCCUUGUCAAUCAGUUGGCCAAAUUCACUGGUCCCAAGGGCAAGUAUUCUGAUCCAUACCACAAUGUAUCCGUCAUCAACUCAUCCAUCCCGCCCACGCCUUUCAGAGACGCCGAACCGUCGACGCAACCUGCACAAAAGGCAAACACAGUCCCUGCCGCAAAACCAGGCUCAGAUCCAGACAUUGUCCCCCAAGACGUGCCUGAAAGCGCGCCCGCAUCUGCCUUCCUCUUCCCAAGCUUCCAAUACGUACCCAGCAUCCCCACCGACGACAGUUCAGUCGAAACAUUUGUCAAAGGCUUUGUCCUACCUCCGACUCUAAACCCACAACACGAGUUCUUGACCAGGAAAGAGAAGAACACAAUUCUGCACGAACCCGACGCGCGUAGAGAGUUCCCCGGUGCACGAUCGGUCCACGAGAUUGUCGUCUUGAUCUGUGGCCACGGCGGACGCGACGAAAGAUGUGGAAAGAUGGGUCCUAUUCUUGCAGCAGAAUUCGAGGACAAGUUGGCGAGACAGAACAUUCCCGUCAUCAGCGAGGCACCUCCUCACGAAACGGUGCGGCCCGACUACUCGAUACAAGGGUACCAACCUGCAGCUAGAAUUGGGCAGAUCUCUCACAUUGGCGGUCACAAGUGGGCUGGCAAUGUGAUUGUGUACAUCCCACCUAGCUUCAAGAGCAACCCUCUUGCUGGCUGUGGUAUCUGGUAUGGCAGGGUGGAGCCUCAGCAUGUCGAGGGUAUCGUUGGAAAGACAUUGAUUGACGGCAAGGUCAUCAAACCGCUCUUCAGAGGUGGCAUCCGCGAGGGCGGCGAGAUUCUGAGACUCGAUAUAGACUAG